ACAUAAUCCAAACCAAAAAAAUAUCCGUGAGUGUGAUUGGUUUACCCCUGAUAAAUUGUUGCUUACACCUUUGUCCUGGUUUUAAAAUCACACUACCCGAAUUACUUUUUAAAAACAAAACCUCUAGUUUAAUAGACAUACAAUAUGACUCAUUGUGAUAUCUCAUCGUGGGUUCUCAUUACCACAUACCUCAACUAUGCUGUCCUCAUCCUUUUGGGACAAAUCCGUGACUUUUUCCAUGAAUUAUUUAUUGGUUCUAUCCAUCAAACACCAAAAGGAUUUGCUCCUCUUGUUCAUUCAUACGAAGACCUCUAUACUCGUAGACUCUAUCGUCGUAUUUGUGAUUGUUGGAAUAGACCAAUCUCUAGCAGACCAGGUGCUUACAUUGAUGUUAUGAAACGUGUCUCUAACGACUACAACAAGACCAUUCAAAUUACCGAUGAUAGAAUUCAUUGUUUAAAUCUUGCUAGUUACAAUUAUUUGGGCUUUGCUGAUAGUCCAAAGCACGUUCUUGAUGAUGUGCUCAAGAGCAUUGAUCAAUAUGGUCCUGCUUCCGCUUCUGCUUAUGGAGAUUUUGGUUAUUCUAAAAUUCACAAGGAAUUGGAAGAUAUGACUGCCAAGUUUGUUGGAAAGGAAGAUUCUAUUGUUUUCUCUAUGGGUUUUGCUACUAACAGUACUACCAUCCCAUUGUUGGCACCAACACCUGAUUGUUUAAUUAUUAGUGACCAAUUGAAUCACACUAGUAUUGUUGCUGGUGUCAGAUCUACUGGUGGUGCUAAAGUUACUGUUUUUAAACACAAUGACAUGGAUCACUUGGAAAAGAUUGUCAGAAAGAGUAUUAUUGAAGGACAACCUGUAACUCAUAGACCUUGGAAGAAGAUUAUCAUUAUCGUUGAAGGUAUUUACAGUAUGGAAGGAGAAAUUGUCAAUUUGAAGCGUGCUGUUGAAAUCAAGAAGAAGUAUGGUUGUUAUUUGUAUGUUGAUGAAGCCCACUCUAUUGGUGCUCUUGGUAAGAAUGGAAGAGGUGUCUGUGAUUACUGUGGAGUUUCACCUGCUGAUGUGGAUAUUUUGAUGGGUACUUUUACUAAGAGUUUUGGAAGUGUUGGAGGAUACAUUGCUGCAGAUAAGGAAGUUAUUACUUAUCUUAGAAAGAACAGUUAUGGUCUUGUUUAUGGUAGUAGUUUACCUAUUCCAUGUGCUCAACAAGCUCUCUCUGCUCUUAAGGUUAUUACUGGUGAUGAUGGUACUGACAUUGGUAAGACUAAGCUCUUCCAACUUAAUGAUACUUCUAACUAUCUCAGAGAAGGUCUUAAGAAGCUCGGAUUUGAAGUUAUCAGUGAUGUUGACUCACCUGUCAUUAUUACCAUGUUAUACAAUCCUGCUAAGAUGCCAGCAUUCUCUAGAAUGAGUCUUGAACAAGGUAUUGCUGUUGUCGUUGUUGGUGCUCCAGCUUGUGACACACUCUGCUCAAGAGUUCGUUUCUGCGUUUCUGCUGCUCACACUAGAGAAGAUGUCGAUAAAGCUCUUAAGAAGUUAGACGUGGUUGGUACUUGGACUGGAACAAAGUACAAGGUAUUCGAAAGCCAACUUGUAAAUGACUUGUACCAAUUGGUUAUGUAAAAAUUUUAAACAACAAUACAAUACAAUAUGGAUUGAGUAGAUCCAUGUUACGAAUAAUCUGUAAAAUUAUAAAAUAGAGUUUCAAAA